GACGCAGUGAUUGGGCGAAAAGAAGCAGAGACAGGAGGUUUAAAAGGUGGUCGUCGUCUCGGUUGGUUCUGGGUCGCUAGAUCACCCAAUAACCCAAAUACAAUCCCCAGAUUCAAAUCAAUCCCAAUCCCAAUCCCAGCUCCACACCUCUCCUAAGUCCUACCCAUCUCUUUAUCUCCUGUUUUGUUUGUUUUCAAUCUCCAUCUUUCAAACUGAGUUUCUUCAAAAUGGGAAUCGGAAGCAGUAGCGCCGGUCGCCGGAGGCACCCUCAACCCCAAACCGGCGCCGGCUACCCUUACCCGUAUCCAAACGAUCCAAUUCCCAAUCCAGGUGGGCAGUUCCACCAUUACCCCAAUCCCAAUCAACCCCAGUUGUACCAGUACUCCCCAUUCUACCCACCGCCGCCGGGGAAUUGGGGUCCGGGGCAGUACCCUUAUGGUGCUCCUGCUCCGCCCCCAAUGCCGGGGGCGCCAUUUGUAGAGCACCAGAAGACUGUGACUAUCAAGAAUGAUGUGAACAUCAAGAAGGACUCUUUGAGAGUCGAGCCGGAUGGGGAGAAUGCUGGCAAGUUUGUUGUUGCUUUCACAUUUGAUGCCGCCGCAGCUGGAAGCAUUACAGUCAUGUUUUUCACUAAAGAAGAUGCAGACUUCAACUUGGUGGCGACAAAGGAGAGCUUGAAUAAACCUGUUACAGUCCCUUUUGACAAAGGUCUUGGUCAGAAGUUCAGACAACCUUGUGGGACUGGGAUCGAUUUUUCAAUGUUUGAGGAGCUAGGGUUGACAAAAGAGGAUGAGAUGGAAGUUUAUCCUCUUGUGGUGAAGGCUGAAGCACACGUUGUGAGUGACGGUGAUCGUGCAUCAGAUGGGAAUUCCACUGGGAACUCUCAGAUCACACAGGCAGUAUUUGGAAAAAAGGAUAAUGGUGAGUACAAAGUCCGGGUGAUGAAACAGAUACUGUGGGUGAAUAAUAUGAGGUACGAGCUGCAGGAGAUCUAUGGUAUUGGGAAUGCAGUUGAAGGUGAACAAAAUGAUAAUGAAGCUGGAAAGGAAUGUAUAAUUUGCUUGUCAGAACCUCGAGAUACAACUGUGCUCCCUUGCCGGCACAUGUGCAUGUGUAGUGGUUGUGCCAAAGUUCUGAGGUUCCAGACAAAUAGAUGCCCUGUUUGUAGGCAACCAGUUGAACGGCUAUUGGAAAUCAAGGUAAACAAUGGAGCGGAUGGUGCUUUAGGUUAGCAUGCUAUCGAAUAUCAACUAUAUGUUGUUAACACCAUCUGAAAAAAAGAAAAAGAAAAAAAGAAAGAUACAUAAGAAAACAUACAACACUCAACUUUCUUGCAAGGGUGGGGUCCUACGUAUAUUGCACAAGAGGAACCCUAGUACCACGGGUGUUGGAGAGUUGGUUAUACUGUAUUUUCUCAGAAAAGAAUACAAUGGUGAAUACUUAUUAUGUUCUUUUUGGUUACAUGAAGCCCUUGGUUUCCUUGUAAUAGCUUUGCAAACUGUAGUUAAAUUUGCUUGUUUUGGAGUGCUUGACAGAGUUGGCAAAUUCCUUCCAAUUGAGAGUUUUUUGUUGUCAGGAAACCUGUUGGGAUAUUAAGUUUAGGGAACACUGUUAUUUACUUGCUAGUGUCUGUAGAUGUUUACACACCUCU